AUGCCGCGCAGCAGCUCGGGUCCAUCGCCUCGUCAGAAGGCGGCGAGAAAGACGGCGGCCGUCCAGCGCAGGGAGCUCGAUGCCAAGCUGGCCGCCGCCGUCGCCGACCUGGAAGCCGGAUGCUUCCCUAGCCUCAAGGCCUGCGCCGAGGCCCACGGCGUCGCCUCUUCCACGCUCCACGAUCGUCACAGGGGCCGAUUGCCGCACUCCAAGGCGCACACCGGCCGGCAGCGCCUCUCGCCCGCCUCCGAGGCCGUACUCGCUCGCCACGUCGAACGAUGCGCCCAGCUCGGGUUCCCGCUAACGCCCGACGCGGUGCGCCGGUUGGCCGAGAAGCUCAUGAUCGAGGAGCCAGACAGCCAGUGCCGCUCGCUCGGUGCAAACUGGAUCCAGGCCAGCUUCCUGCCGCGCCAUCUCGACCUCGAGGCCCAGUACCGCCGGUGCAUCGACUACGGACGCAUCGGCCGGCCCAACGCCAACAACCUCGAAUGGGUCACUGCCUUCUUUGACCUGUACCGCACCGCGAUCAAGGACCACGGCAUCAAGCGCGGCAACGUCUACUGCAUGGGCGAGACCGGCACCGUCCUGGGCCGCGGCAAGGAGCAGAGGAGGAUUCACGCGAGCAGGAGGGCACACCGGUUCCUGCGCCUGCCGGGCAAGCGCGACUCGACGAGCGUCGUCGAGUGCAUCGGCGACGACGGCACCAUGCUGCCGCCGCUCAUCAUUGUCGAGGGCAAGCUGCACCUCGACGCCAAGCAGCGAAAGUCGUUUGGCGCCGCGGCCGGCUGGACGUUUGGCGUGUCGAGCACCGGCUGGAGCUCAGUCGACGCCGCCCUGCUGUGGCUCGAAAAGGUGUUUGACCCGGCCACCAAGCCUCCCAAGGGGCGCAGCGGCGACUGGCGCCUCCUCCUCGUCGACGGCCACGCCAUCUACACCAGCAUCGAGUUCGUGAGCGCCUGUCUGGACCGGCGCAUCGUCCCCGUCUCGUUUCCGCUGCAGACGACGCACGUCAUCGACCCGCUCGACUGGUUCAUCUUUGGACCCAUCAGCGAUCGCUACCACCGCGCCAUCGACGGGCUCGAGCUCGAGCAUGGUGGCGCCGGCGCCGGAGGAGGUGCCGGCGGCGGUGGUGGCGGUGAAGCGGUGACGAGCAAGAUGGACAAGGCGACGUUUGCGAGGAUCUACCGCGAGGCGCGGACCGUCGUCAGCGCCGAAGACGUGCGCAGGGCGUUUAUCGAAUGCGGCGUCUCGCUGCCGCCCGAGCCGGACAAGAUCCUCACCCGCGCGCCCGCCCACCGCAACCACUCGAGCAUCUCCACGCCGCCGCCCGGUGCGGUGCCGCCCAGGGACAUUGCCACUCCCAAGACGUCGGCCGAGUUUCGUGACAUGCUCGCUAUGCUCUCAGCCGUCGUCCGCGGCGGCCAUGGCGGUGAGGGCAGCAGUGGCGGCGACAACGAGGCCCAGGCGGCGCUGCUCAGGCAGAAGCUGCUGAAGUCGUACGUCGACCUCGUCGAGAGUUCGGCGGCGCGAGAGCAGGCUGCUGGGAGCGAUUCGGAUGUAUCGGAGCACGAGGCGGACACGCCGACGGAUGACGAGGACGAGGACGAGGACAGGGACAUGACACCCGCCCCGUCGAACCGCCGGGAAGCGGGCGGGACGGUGGCCAUGGCCCAGCAGGGCGGGCUGGACGGGCGCGAUCAGUCUCGACAGUUCCGCGGCGCGGAGCAGAUCUACUCUUCCCACCCACAGGCACAGGCACAGCCGCAGCCGCAUCCGCCGGACCAUGAGACGACGACGACGCCUAUCUACCACCCGACGACGACGACGAAUCCAUUCAUCGAAAUGACGACGGGACACACCUCGACAGGUCCCCACCCCCUACGCCAGUACCAGCACCACCACCACCACCACCACCAGCAGCAGCAGCAGCAGCAGCAGCAGCAGCACUCGGACAUCGUCAUGGGAUCGGCGUGCCAAACUCUCGGUCCCACUCGCACCUCGACGUCAACUUCGACUUCGACUUUGGCGUCAUCGUACGACAUGUCGACGCCCCUCGUCUUUUCGGAUGCGUACGGAGGUCGAUUCUUUUGA